AAAACAGCUGCGCAUGUUAUCGUGGACAGUUUCUUGACAACAAGAUAGAAAUAAGGAUUCUUGAAAUUAAACUUCCCCGAUGCGUGCUACUUUGGCACUGAUUUAAACAUUUGGACGUCAAUCGGGGUAAUUUGAAUCAUAGAUGCAGCCCAAUGUCGGAUUGGACGGCAAGAUUCCAGUGUUUGUUUUCCCGAAUUCGAUUUCAUUUUACUUAGAAGACCAGCGUACUCACAAGCAAGUGCUCACCCUUUACAACCCCUAUGAGUUUGCUAUCAAAUUCCAUGUUUUGUGUACCGCACCGAAAAAGUACUCGGUGGUGGACACAAGCGGAAGCGUUGCUCCCAAGUGCUGCGUAGAUUUGGUUGUCAGGCAUAAACAACCUACGAUCACAAACUGCCACCUUCAGGACAAGCUGAGGAUCCAGGUCCAGGAAGUGGGAAAUAAGCAGGUUAUUGGGAAAAGGGACGUCCCUGCAUGUCUAUUUCCUGGCAAGCCUGACCUUGAUGAUGGCAAACAAGAUGCAGAGCAAUUUGAGCAGCUUACAGGAAAUCUUCCAAUUCAGGGAAGCCAGCUCAUAGCUAGGCCAGUUCGACAGCAACUUCCAGGCGGUACUAAUUACAUAGCUGUGGCAGCAGCUAUUGCUUGCAUUUUGGCCCUGAUGAUGCCCACCGAAGGUGACAAGCAAUCCAAACUGCCGCUCUACCUCCACUUGUCGGUGCACAUGAAACUUGUUUUUGCCUACGUUCUGGGAUUAGUCACCAUGGUGAUCCUCCGACCGUCAUGAAAAAUCAUUUUGAAAUCUGAAAAGCCUCGUCUCCUUCUCUACCAGCGAACCAACAAAUUUUGAUUCACAAAAACUUUUCCUGGUGCGUUAUUUUAACAAAUUGCCAAAUAAUUAAGUGUAUUUUGGUCCCAUGUCGCAAGGUACUGUCUCGAUGUUCAGUGUGACUGUCGCAUUUUUGCUUCACUGUGCUCUCUAUUCUCACAGGGCCGAGUUAGGAUUUAAACUUUGAAAACAGUGCCUUUUUUAUAUGCUCCUCUUUAAUUUUGCCUUUCAACUGGAAUUUUUGUUCACCUUGGACUUCUGUAAAAUUCACUUGAAUUUGAAUCCUUUCAUAUGUUUCCGUCUGUGGUGUGAAGAUAAAAUAAUACCAUCUCUUAUUAUUUAUGGCUAGAUUAUUAAGUCAAGUUCCAAGUAAAAUGUGAUUCUAUAAAAUAAAAUUUGUGUGAUUUUAAAGCAUUGGAUUAAAGUU